CCUCAUUUCAUUAGCAGCAGGUGAAAAUACGUUAUUGUUGUAAAAAAUUUCAAAGUUUAAGGUGAAAAGACCAUAUAUUUUUGAAAAAUGACGAGUAUAGAAACAGUUGGAACUAUUGUUCUUAAAUUACUGAAAUUGGUAAUAAAUUUGAUAUGCCUAAUCUUGUACAGAACUGGAUAUCAAGGUUACUUCCUGGGUGUAGGAGGAACAUGGAAUUUGAACGAAGAAAAGAACCCAGACGCUGAAAUUGUAGCUUCUGGUAUAUUUGUCGGAUAUAUGAUAUACACAACAGUAUCUUUAAUCAGUUUCUGCUUUGCCAGUGGAGAUCAUAAAACGACAUUCACCGAUAUCAUAAUGAAUAUAGUUGGAAUAUUCAUGUGGAUUGCCGUUGGAGCAACAGCUCUUCACUACUGGCUUGGUUAUCUGUCCGAAUAUAAAUACACAACUGUGGACUCCGAAAGACAAGUUGGUCUAGCACUAGGAGCAUUAUGUAUCAUAAAUGGAGCAGUUUAUCUGGUGGAUACAGUAUUGUCAAUAAUAUUCUUGAUCAAAG